AUGGGCGAUUAUAUCUGUUCCAACGCGCUAAUUGGGUCAGACGCCAUGCGGCCGACUUGGCAACCCCGCACCGCCCAAACAACUCGAAGGGCGUUGUCGGGGGCGGCGGCUCUUCUGAAUCUGGCCACCCCGCGCAUUCACGAGGUGUACCUCAACGGAGCGCCCAGAUUUUUCCUUUCAGCGAUGCUUCGCUUCCGACGCUUCUUCGGGGAUGUGAUGCUUUCGUGCGGCGCGGAGUGGCGGCGUCUGGGGGUCGUCUGCGCCCCGGCCGCGACCUACAUACAGCUCGGGGGUUGUGACGCGCGUCUGCCCCCCUCCACCGCACCUCCGCCCCGCCCGGCUUACUUAAUCGACUCGCGUGCCGGUCUCAUUCGCGUCCUCUCCGUGUUCCAGGCCGCGGAGACGGUGGUCUGCAAGCCGGAGCCGGCCGACUCGCCGCCGAAGAAGGCGCGCGCGGAGGAGUACGCGUACGCGCUGUACCUCGACCCGUACGCGCACCUACACUGCCGGCCGGCGUUCAGGCCGUGGGGCAAGAGCGAGCCCGCGCUGCAGCACCCCGAGCGGGUGGUCCGGGUGGCGGACUGCGGCCGCUUCGAGCGCGACUUCCAGCCGAACGUCGCCCUCAAGCCGCUGACGCCGCCCGUCGAUGACGUCACCUCGUCCACCUCCCCGCCGCCGCAGAGCGAGUCGGAGAUCGCGGCGCGGCUGCUCGACGCCGAGGCGCGGCUGGCGGAGCGAGCGAGGAGAUUGGAGGAGAGGGAGGCGGAGCUCUCCCGCCGCGAGGCCCGCUUGGAGGAGAGGGAGAGGGAGCUGGAGAGGCGCCAGCGCAACGAAGAGCCGGAGGGGCCCCGAGGGGAGUCCCCGACGCGCGACGCCGACCCGCCGUGU